UGUUAGAUUAUCGUACUUCGGAGUUUAUGAUGCUUCGUGUAACUUUAGUAAUUAUUGUUUGCUGAGUUUCUGACUCAAUGUGAUUGAAUUCUGUGAUUUUGCUCUAAGGUUCGUUUGAGGAAUUCUAUGGAGCUGAAGAGGAAGGUUGUGAAGGAGAGCUUGAGGAACACGCUGGAGGAAUUACAGAUGUCCAUGGCGGACUGGUUCGAGAUGGUCGUCCCUUCGGGGGGGACUAGGUUUGAGAUGCUGGAUCAGGACACCCCGGGCUCAUGGGUGGUCGACCCCGCCGGUCACCGAGCUAUCUAUUCGGGGCGAAUAAUGGAGGAUCGCGUCGACAGGAUGGGAAACCUGACGCAUGGAGUUUUGAGACGCUACACCGUCAGCUUCAACCUACCACCGGGUGUGCACUGUGGACCUGGAGUUGUAGUACCAACACCACCAUCGCCUUCGGACGACGAGGACCCCUCGGAGGAGGUGCCUGUGGGAGGGACUUCAUCAGACUCUUGCUCACCCACUGUUGCGGCUGCUGUUGAUUUGGGAUCGGGUUCAGAACCCGCGAGACCAGCUGUGGAGACAGAUGUAGCCAUAGACCUAGUCGUCUUGGAUUCAGAUUCAGACGACGAUCUUGAUGAUGCGUUGUUGGGAGUGGUGUGGUGUGCUCCUCUAGCCAGGAUUAGGGUAGGAGUAGCGUUGUGGCUCUGGUCUUCAGUUUCUCAUUUUGGGGCAGGGUAGGUCCCCGACCUUUAGCUUUUUGUGUGGUUCUCUUUACGGGAAUCACAGAGAGUUGGUCGGACUAGGAGGUCUUCGGGCUGUUUUUGGGCUGACCUACUUUCGUUGGGAGGACUGUAUUCUGAAUACUUGACCUUUUAUUUCGGUUUGUACAUAUUUGCCUACGGGCACUACUUUCCGUCACUUUUCCGUCACUAGAGGUUACUCGUGACGUGGCUUACUACUUACAGCGGGGGCUGUAAAUGUAUCUGUACAUUAGUUAUGUUUAUCUUUCGUCGUCGAGUCCUUAUUUCGUCAAGUCUUUAUUUACUUAAAACAAAUAUCAAAAAAAAAAUAUUCACGUUUUUCCGCUUUGUUUUCUUUUUGGUUACUAAAGUGACGCCACCGAAAUCGGGGUGUUACAAGACUUGUCUCUUAUAGCGAGAAUAUAUCACGCCCAUACAGACUCUUGGGCUGAGGAUUUAUGAGGCUCAAUAACCCAAUUAGGCUAGCAUUUAUGAUUUGGCUUAAUUGCAACUUUUGCCCCUGACGUAUACCAAUUCCACGAUUUCAGUCUCCCACCUAAUUUAAUUACAUGGAUGGUCCCUGAUUUUGCUGGAUGUCUGCAACGUUGGUCCUGCCGUUUAUUUGUUAACAGAGGAGGCUUACGUGGAUGUCCAAUUGGAGAGAGAAAGAAGGACUGAAGAGAGAGGGAAGCAUGUGAGUUGCACGUGAGACCUUCAACGAUCAUAUUCUACCCUCUUCCUCCUUAAAAAACAGAGCACCAUGAGGAAGAUGUUUCGAAGCUUGAGAUUGAGCGAAAAGUGAAGAGAUAAAGAACGAACGAGUCCCUGGAGGCGAGGAAGAAGGUUGAAUCAAUUGCUGAUCUCUUUCUCUCUCCAAUUCGACUUCCACAUCAGCUAAGUGAGCAUCCACGUAAACCUCCUCCAUUAACAAAUAAACGGUAGGACCAACGUUGCAGACAACCAGUAAAGUCAGGGACCAUCCAUGUAAUUAAAUUAGGUAAAGGACUAAAAUCGUGUAAUUGGUAAACGUCAGGGACCAAAGUUGCAAUUAAGCCUUAUGGUUUUAGACCAUCCUACUAUAAAAGGGGAGGUCACUCAUUGUGAAACUUUGUGAAGGGGAUCCAUUCAUUAUUACAUGAUAUUAUUAUUUUUCCUUUCUAGGUCUUCUAGGGUUUGGUAUCAAGAUUUCUAUUCCAUAUCCUUCCUACAUUUAGAACAUUGCAUUUAUCUGACUCUCUAUCCUAUCUUGCUCUCAUCAUAUCCUGAUCACCAAACAGGCCUAAAUAUUUAAGAUUCAUUUCUGGAACUAUAUUUUGCAAACUCACAUUCACCUAAAUUUUAUUUUACAAAUUGAAAUCUGAACACACACUUAAAAAUGUGUGAGCAAGUUCCAAUUUUACAAAGAAAUCAAAAGUU